GUGAGGUUUAAUCACAUUGGUCUUUUAACAGGUGGUAGCACUUCAAUAAUCAAAACAUUCACCUCCUAAUGAAGAUAUUUUGUUUAUAAUGAUGUUUUCAUUACACCUAACCAAUGAAAUAAACAGCACUCUUGAUUAAAGCUAAAUGUAAUAUUCGAACUACAGCAGUACAUACUAGUCAUUUUACUUUGGGACAAAUUUCCAAGUGGAAAAUUAUAAAUAAACUAUAAUUGUGCGUGUCCUCCUUGUCUGGGGGUUAAAUAACAUGUUCUUUGUCACUCAAUUCUCAAGUAACUCUCUUGAACUAACAUUUCAGCUGUUUUCAGCAUUUUGCUGCAACACAAACUGUGUAAAAUGGCAGCGUUUGCAAAAUGCUUUAAAACAAAUAGGAAGUAAAGGAGCUGUGCUGGCAAGAACCACGGCCCUAACAAAAGAAAUAAAUUCAGUUUGGACAGAAAGAAAACAAAUAUUUUUGUGACAUUAAGAAAACUGUAAAACCCUUGAAAAGAAUGUAAUCUGUUUAUCUUGUCAGGCCAGCCAAGUUUGAUUAAAACUUUAUUUUACUACUAAUUUGUGUCCCAUGUAGCCAGCAUUGAACAUUUGUGUAUGAAUAUUCUCAGAAGGUUGAGGUGAAGGACCUCACUGAAAUGUUUCUAUUUACAAGCCUAAACCAUCUAGGAGGAACUGAAAGAAAUCUUAGGAGGGGCCUUUCAAAAAUGUAUGAUGAUCUACCCGAAGGGUGUUUCCUAUAACUGCAUAUAAAACCAUAAACGGUUAUUUGAAGCAUAAAGAGGACAAGAAAAAGUCAAGAACAGAAUGACGGAUGAAAUGGCGAGUUUUGCUGACUGGAUGUCUAACCUGAAUGAGAAAUUAACCGAAAUCCCUUUGAGCCAACUCGCUAUUCCAGGGAGUCAUGAUGCCAUGGCAUAUAGCUUAGAUGUGGAUUCUUCAGUGUUGGAACCCAAAAAAUUGAAGUCCUUGGACAAAAUAUUUAGCUCUUUCAUAAGGCCUAUUGUGAAAAAAUGGGGAACUGCUCAGGACAAAACCAUCUCUGAGCAACUUGAGGCUGGUGUGCGAUACUUUGAUCUGAGGGUCGCUGGGAAGCCCCAAUCCAGUGAUUUCUUCUUCUACCAUGGACUAUACACAAUAAUGACGGUCAAGGAGGGAAUGACUGAAUUGGCCACAUGGUUAGGACAGCACACAAAGGAGGUGGUGAUACUUUCUUUCUCACAUUUUAAAGAAAUGUUAGACAGUCAACACAGUGAACUGACCGGCUUUCUUAAAGAGCACUUUAAAACCAAACUCUGCCCCAAGACUCAAAUGCCCUCGCUCAAGGCGUGCUGGGAAAAGGGUUAUCAGGUUGUCCUCUCUUAUGACAAAAGUGGCGUCAAUGAUGAUCAAUUGCUGUGGCCUCGAAUCGAGUACUGGUGGGCUGAUAACUCGGACCCCAAAGAAGUCAUUUCAUACCUUAAUAACCAAAAACAAAAGGGCAGAUCAGAAGGAUUUUUUGUCGCUGGUCUUAACCUGACUUUUGAUGGAAAUGACAUGUUCCUGUACCUUAUGAAGUCUUUAAAAGAGAAGACCAUGUCUGCUUACCCUCUGUUGCUUGACUGGGUAAAGGAGCAACGUCGGGGCUCUGAUGGAGAAAGCAUCAACAUCAUUGCUGGAGAUUUUGUUGGUGCGAACAGCUUCGUUCAGGAUGUCAUUCGUCUCAACAGUGCUGACAUAGUUCAUGAAAAUCCAACUGACUAACACUUUCUAAAUAAAACGAUUUAAAAAAUAGCUAUUUAGCACACAGGUUACUAGACUGCAUUCAUUGUUUGCAUUAUACAUUUCUUUCUUGUUAGUUCAAGUGUUUCUCAAUCGUCAGAACAUUACAGCCUCAAUGAACGUCCAAAAAAACAGUUACAUUAAAGUAACAGUUCACCCAAAAAAUAAAAUGUUGUCAUCAUUUACUCACCCUUUUGUCAUUUCAAACCUGUAUGACUUUCACAGAACACAAAAGAAGAUGUUUUGAAUAAAGUUGGUAACCGAACAGCACUGGAUCCCAUUCACUUCUAUUGUAUGGUCAAAAAAACAAUGCAAAGUAAAUGGGGUCCAGUUAACAACAUUUAAAAAAAAUCUUCUUUUGUGUUCAGCAGAAGAAAGAAAGUCAUACAGGUUUGAAAUGACAAAGGGGUGAGUAAAUGAUGACUGAAUUUUUCGGUCAAUUAUCCCUUUAAUCGAUUUAGUUAAGUAUUUUUUAUAGCAAAUAUACAUCUUUUAACUUAUGCCAUGCUCUUAAAUAUUUUAAUCAAUGAGUUGUAGAGAUCCACUGUUUUGCAAAGCCCUAACAAUUUAUAAUGGUUACCACAGGUUUUGUCAAAAUGCUUGGUUUAAAAUGUUAUUGAUGUGUAAUAAUGUACAAGAAACCUUUAAAAGUAUUUCUGACAUUUUUUGAUUCCUUUAUCAUUUUAGUGUUAGCUUACUUUAAUGGGGACACAUUUGUGGUUACUAUUGUAAACUCUUUUACUUUCUUCUCAAAUGCCAAACGUCUUGGAACUGAAAUGAAUAAA